AUGGAAAUGCAGAAUUCGAGCAGUAAGAUAAAACUGCCGAUAAUCAAGAUCCCCAUCUUCAGGACUGGGUAUGAGAAUUGGACAGCAUUUCAUGACCUGUUUCAGAAAUUAAUUCACUCCAACGACGCGUUAUCCAGCACAGAAAAAAUGCACUAUUUAAAAAGUCAUGUGGAUGGAGAAGCUGCCAGGUUGAUUCAACAUCUACACAUCAGCGAGAGGAAUUACGAAACAGCAUGGGACAUAAUAACCAAGCGGUACCACAACACGAGACUAAUUACAUCAAAAUUACUGGACAAAAUACUCGACUUCCCGGUGAGCCAUAAAGAAGAUGCACAUCAAGUGAGGAUGCUUCACGAUACAAUACACGAGUGUCGGGAAGGGAUCAACAACAUCGGACAUGAUACAACCUCAUGGGGUCCAAUAAUAACAAAACUUAUUUCCAGAAAAUGGGACACAGAAACUAACAGGAUAUUCGAGCAGUCUCUCAAAAAUCCAACCGAGACGCCGGCACUAGAGGAAGUGAUGGAGUUCAUGAAGUCAAGAUUCCAAUCUCUGGAGGCGUUAGCAAUGAAGAGAGGAGAUCAACCACCAUCAUCAUACAAGCCUAACUGGGUCGGAAAUAAGCAACCAAACUGCACAUACUGUAAGGAACAACACCAAAUCGAAAUGUGCCCAAAAUUCGGCAAACUAUCCGUUGCCGAAAGAAUCAAAAUUGUAAAAGAGCAACAGUUAUGCUUCAAGUGCAUACGCCAUAGCUGCAAUACGAAAUGUUACUCGCUUAAAAACUGUUCUACAUGCAGGUACCCUCACCACUCGCUACUACACCAAACCUCAAGGACAGCUCCAGCCACAAGAGGAAGCCAAGCAAUGUCCCACGCAUCUACAGCAGCCAAAGAAAUGGAAAUCAAGAAAGAAGAUCAACAAGUCCUCUUGGCAACAGCAAUAGUACAGGCCCAAGACAUCCUGGGACAACGCCAUCUACUACGAGCACUGGUAGACCCAGGAUCCCAAGCGUCAUUCAUCACCGAGCAAGCAGCUCAGCAACUGAUGGUACCCAGGCAGAAAACAAGGGCAAUGGUAUCUGGAUUGGGAGAAGGAAGUCCGACCAACGCAAGAGCAAAAGGGACGGUACAUCUCCACCCUCGUCAGUCUAGCAAAUACACACUGACAACAGACCUCAUCGUGUUACCGAAAAUAACUGGGAUGUUACCAAUGAAGUCAAUGGAAUUCGAUUUGGAACCAUGGCAGACCAAGAUCCUAGCAGACCCAACCCUCAACAUCACAGGUCCAAUACAUGUGCUACUGGGAGCCCAAGACUACGCCAAAAUCAUACUAAACGGUGUUACAAAAACGGCGUCUGCAUUGCUAGGACAGCAGACCGAAUUGGAAUGGAUAGUGUCCGAUCAAGUCAUGUAUCCAGAGAAAAAAGGCACACCAGUCAUCGGGAUGGUUUCAACAAUGGAAGAAGAAAGAAACCUGUCAAAAUACUGGGAAAUGGAGGAAGUCGAGGUGUCAAGCCGCUCCAAAGAAGAAGACAUACAAUGUGAGAACCAUUAUAUGGCCACCACCACAAGAGGGCGAGAUGGAAGGUAUACAGUGAGGAUACCAUUUAAAGAAGCGCCUACCAUGGUUAACAGUUCCCGUUCGCUAGCAGUAGCUCGACUGCACCAAUUGGAAAAGAAGCUAGAAAAGGAGCAUCGAGUACGCGAGCAGUACAAAGCGUUCCUUCAGGAGUACAUAGACCUGGGCCACAUGAAACUAGUACCCCCCAAGGGAGAAGGAAGAUACUACAUUCCACAUCAACCAGUCAUCAAGGAAGCAAGUGCCACAACAAAGUUAAGAGUCGUGUUUGACGCGUCCGCAACCACACGGUCACGAAAGAGCCUCAAUCAAACCAUGCACGUGGGACCAAGACUGCAAGAAGAAUUGGCAGACAUCCUGGUGAGAUGGAGAAAACACCCGGUAGCGUUCACAGCAGACAUACAAAAAAUGUAUCGUCAAAUAAACAUACAUGAGGACGAUCAACCACUGCAGACUAUACUCUGGAGAUUCAAUCAGCAUCAACCCAUACAAGAAUACCAGUUAACCACAGUUACAUAUGGGACAACUGCAGCACCUUAUUUGGCAACACGCACCCUACAACAACUCGCGAAGGACGAAGAAAAAGAAUACCCUAACGCAUCAAGGGUUGCGUUAACCGACUUCUAUGUGGACGAUGUGCUAACAGGGGCCCAAACCAUCGAGGAAGCCAACCAACUACAACAAGAGCUAACAGCCAUGCUAGACAAAAGAGGAUUCAAGCUACACAAAUGGUCAACGAACAAACUACAAAUGCUACAAUCAAUCCUUGACGAAUUAAGAGAUCCAUCCGUAUCACAAUUCAAGGACGAAGAAAUGAAGAAGUCAUUAGGGAUACUGUGGAUACCACAUCAAGACGUGUUCACAUUUAAGAUAGAAGAAGGCAAUCCCGCAACGACCAAGCGUGGUAUAUUAUCAGCAGUAGCAAAAAUAUUCGAUCCAUUAGGAUGGUUGGCACCCGUAACCAUAAUGGCAAAGCUGCUCAUCCAACGAUUAUGGUUAACAAACGCUUCAUGGGACGAAAACAUACCGGAAAGUUUAAGGAUGGAAUGGUUGAAGUUCACCUCCGACAUUGGCUCAGUCGAGGAAAUUCAGAUCCCAAGAUGGAUACAUAACAAGAACGAAACAUUGGAGAUACAUGGGUUCUGUGAUGCAUCAGAGAAGGCGUACGGGGCGGUAGUUUACACAAAAGCCAGCCAAGGGAAAGUGUCACUGCUAAUGGCAAAAUCCAAGGUAGCCCCUGCACGCACGAAGCCAACAAUACCGAAGUUGGAAUUAUGUGCAGCCGUUCUACUAGCCAGGCUGAUCAAGAGAGCAACAACAGCACUCCAGGAAAAAGACAUCACCAUCUUCGCAUGGACAGAUUCAAUGAUUACUCUGGCAUGGAUAAAAGGAGAGCCAAGCAGAUGGAAGACAUUCGUAUACAACCAAGAGAUGAAGAGUUUCAGCAUAAAAGCAAUUGUUGUCACCAUACUAAUGAUGAUGAUAGGCACUACAGUGGCAGAGUACAACAUCACGCAUCCAAACCCAGGGUUUUACAUAGAACACAUGGGAGAUGGAAGGAUUGAACGAGGAAUUUUCCGGAUCGAUAUUCAAUACAAGAAAACACGGAUAAAUGAAGACAUCCACGCAACGCUGCAAUCAAUUACACAUUUCAAGGAGCUAUGCAACAAGACAGCAGAAAUAGCAGGAAAUUCACACUGUACCGAAUUAGUGCAACUUCUCGAGGAUCACGAAAAUGAAAUACAAUGGUUAAAGGAAGAAAUAGGCAGCACGAUGGUUGAACGAAGGAAGCGAGGAAUAUUGGGGGACAUACUUACAGCAGUAUUCGGAGUCAACGAUGAAGUAUAUAAGGACAUCGCCUCACUGAACAAAAAUUAG